AUGGAAAUCAUCAUCGUUCUCUUCGUGAAUUAUGACUUUGUAUCAACUAGCAUAAUUCGCCGUGGAAGAAUCGGUGGUAAUGGUCUAGAAAGCUCGCGUGAGCGUGACCAUUUCUCUUCUCACAAGAAUUUUGUUUUUACCCUUACUUCCGAGUGUCCCCUCUGA